AUGAGCAGCCUCCCCAUCCUGCAUCGGCUCCUGUUCCUGCUCGCACUCCAAGCCCCUCAAGCACAAGGGGCAACACUCAAGACACCAGGAACUCAACAAUGCUAUGAACUCAACCUGAUCCGGGAAAUUACAAAUGAUCUAGACAAGCUACCUGUGGCUUCAGAAGAAACAAGCCUCCAGAGGCCAAACCUGGAAGAAUUCCUGACAUUUGCCACAAAUUCCCUUGGAGAGGAUUCGAAAAUCAUGAAAAAUCUUAAGGAAAUCCAGCCAAUCCUGCCCACAGCCAUGUCCACGAAAGAGCCAAUCCUUAUUGAGAAGGAUAACUUGGGUGAUUUCCGGGUGAAAUUGAAGGAAUAUCUGUCUGCCAUUAGAGACUCUCUGAAUUGUAAGAACACAUAG